UUUAUUUUUAUAGUCCAGGGAUAUGCAGCAGGAUAAUUGAAGAAGGUUGUACACAACUCAAAAAAGUUUGAGAAUCACUGGACUAGUCUAAUACAAACAGGGACAGGAAAUGACCCAAAUUUUCCUUUAAGCAAGAAAGCAUGUGGGUUCAGGUCUGACUGGCUUUUACUACAGGGUGUUAUGCCACAUGUAGGAAGAAGCCAGGGGCUCAGUAUUUGUUGUAGUCAGUGAGUCUGUGCAGGUGAGUCACAAGCCCUGAGGUCACUGAUUGCACAGAUCCCUACAUUAGCAUUUAUGCAUCAUCCUGUGACAGCCACUUCUGCUUUGGUUUCUCAGUUGUUUUCCUACGCCCUCUACAACUUCCUCCUUUCCAGCCAAGCAAGCUGAUGUGGAGUUCCCCUUUCUCUCAUUUUAAUGUCUUCAAACUGGUUGAAAAAACAUCCUUUGAGAAGUAGAUCCAUGGUGAAGCAACUGAAACCUGAUUCUCUCAGGCAGGGUGAGGAGCUACAGCAGGCACAGGCACCAGCAUCCCCCAUGCUGCCCUACCGGAGACCCAAGUUUCUGCAUGGAGUGCAGUCUGUGAAAGAGCCUGGCAAGCGGCCUAUUUACUGCCCAGCCCGGGACAGGCUGCUGCCGUGGAAGACGGGCUAUGCAGAAGUCAUCAACGUGGAGAAAUCAGAGUUCAAUGAGGAUCAGGCAACAUGCUGUAAGAUAUCCAUGAGGAGGAGAGAGACUAGCUUGGAGGAGAAUCAAGAAUGGUUGAGUCUUUGCUCCAAUCAGUAUCUGACUGGUUAUUACUGGGCAAUAUUUGAUGGCCACGGUGGCCCAGAAGCAGCGAUAAUUGCCUCCAACUACUUGCACUACUGCAUCAAGCAGAAACUAGAGGAAGUGGUAGAAGGGAUCAUAAAAGCUCAUCCCCCCAUGCAUCUAAAGGGCUGCUGCAUUUGCAACAGUGACCCACUGUUUGUGGAGGAAAAGCAAAUCUGCCAGGAAGAUGUGAUCAUUGGAGCACUAGAGAAUGCCUUUCAGGAAUGUGAUGAAAUGAUUGGUCAGGAGAUGAAAGCUACAAACCAGGCAGCUGGCUGCACUGCUCUGGCUGUCCUCUACCUCCAAGGAAAGCUCUUUGUGGCCAAUGCUGGGGACAGCAGGGCAGUUCUUGUUCAGAAACACAGCAUAAUGGCUCUGAGCAGCGAAUUCACUCCUGAGACAGAGAGGCAGAGAAUCCAACACCUGGCUUUUCUCAACCCAAAGCUCUUGGCAGAUGAGUUCACACGAUUUGAAUUUCCAAGGAGAUUGAAAAGAGGUGAUGUGGGACAUAAAGUCCUUUACCGGGAUUAUUUCAUGGCAGGCUGGGGAUACAAGACAGUGGAAAAAGAUGACCUCAAGUACCCUCUCAUCCAUGGUCAUGGGAAGCAGACUCGUUUGCUGGGGACUUUGGCUGUCUCUCGAGGACUGGGAGAUCACCAGCUGAAAGUUACUGACACCAAUGUUAAAGUCAAGCCAUUUCUUUCCUGCAUCCCUAAGGUGAAUGUGCUUGAUUUUGCUCUAAAUGAUGUUAAGGAAGACGAUGUCCUUGUCCUGGCAACUGAUGGCCUUUGGGAGAUUCUAUCCAAUGAAGAGGUUGCCCAGAUUGUCAGGAGCUUUCUUGAAGACAACAAAAUGGACCUAUACAGGUUUUCUGAACUGGCUAAGUGCCUGGUACAAAAAGCAAGGGGGAUGAGAAAUGGGCACCAGUGGACUCUGGAAAACAAUAAUCCAGCAUCCUAUGAUGAUAUCUCCGUGUUCGUGAUCCCACUUAAUAACAGGGACAGGGAGUCUUAGCAUUGUAGAAAGGCUACAAGACUCAUGCAUGAUGAUGUUUGACUGGAAAGCAGAACCAAAAAGACAGGUGUUCUCAGAUUACCAUUAUGUGCACACACUUUUCUAGUAACACAAUGAAUUCCUUUUGUAACCUGAUAUUGUAGUUAGGUAUCGAAACAGCACUGGAUCUCAAUAAGCAGAACAGGCUUGAUGUGAAAUGAUUUUUUUCUUUCAACCGACCUCAAAAGAAAAACUAAACAAUGGCUAACUACCAUUUUUGGCAACUACUUUAAAUCUACUCACUCCUGCCUGAUUCCACAAGAGUUGAUGAGCUAGAGAGGUAUUACUAGACAUUCAAGAAAAACAUACGGAACUAUUCCACUUGUCAAUAUCAAAGUCUUCGAUGUACGAUUUAAUGUACAGAAUAGAGAAUUAGGUCUAGGUUGGAGAAUGAUCACCACUGGACACAGUGAUAGUUACUGAUGUAUGCUCAAAGAUACUUUUAGAUUUAUGUAAAUCACAUAAAACUGAAAGCCACAUAGGAAUGGUAUACUGAACUGCCAGUUCCUUGCCAAUAAGUAUAUUUCACCCCACUGAGAGAAGCCUCGACUCUCUAGGGGACUGUCUUUUGUUUUUGAGUUUAUUUGGACAGCUUCUUUGUAGUUUCUUUUAAACUCAGAUCUGAACAGUUCUCAACAAUGCACUAGGCAAAUGUAAGAAAAGAGCUUCCAGAGGCCUCAGCUUUGUAUCUCUUUAAGCAGAAUAACGUUCAUUCAAAUCUUUCUGGUAUAUCAAACACCUAGAUAUCAGAGACAUUUCCUUUUAUGGUUUAAAAUAGCAAGAAUUUGGAGAUUUGAUGUUGGUAUAAGGCUCAUCCCUAUAGAGCAGAAUUUUUAAGAGACACGAAAGCAGCUGCUCCCUGAAGAUUUAUGAGCAAGCUAUCAUAUUUCAACACUUUGAUAGCAAAAAGUCUCUGUGCACCUCACAUAUAUUUGCUUUAACUCAGGAUUAAAGAUUUACUGAAGAAAGAGGGGCUGCUGUUAGGGAGGACUAAGUACAGGAACCAUGUAUACUUAAUAUAUCAAAAAGCAAAAGCAGCUAUGCAAAGCACACCUGUUUUACAGGCUUGCCCCUAGAAUCCAUGUAAUUUUAGAACAGAAAAAUGCUGUGUCAGUGUAUGGCAGGCUUGUCCAACAUAUGGCCCAUGGGACACCAUGCAGCCCACCAAGGCAUUUUCUGUGGCCCAUGGUGCUGUGAUGGGAAACGCCCCUUGUCCCUCCCCCAGCCCCUCAGCAGCUUCCUAAUGGCUGCUGAAGGGCUAGGGAAGGGACAAGGUUCCCACACGCACCGCGUCAGCUUGACGUUGCCGACGCGGUGCGCGUGGGAAGAGGAGUGCAGACCCGGCCUGCCUCUUGCCAUCCCUAGCACCACGUGGGGAAGCCACCGCUUCCUGGCCUGAGCGACUCGUCACUCCCCGCCCGCAGGUGAGAGGCAGCCCGGCUUGGCCGCCUGACCCCGGGUCACUGGUGGAGGCAGAGCGGUGCGGGCAGGUGCCUCCUCCCACUGGGCUGUCAGCAUUGGUUGCACCGCGCGGGGCGGCCCCGGGCUUGGGCAGAGCCUGUGCUUGCUGCGCCCCGAGGUGCCACCUGGCCCCAGCCCCCUCCAGCCCGGUGCGGUGAUGCAGACCCGCGGAGGCAGUGCAGCAGCUGGGCUCGCCCUCGUCGUCUGCCUCUGCUGCCUCCUGCCCAGCUGAGGGCGUGGCAGGUAGGGCCGGGCCGGGGUCGGAAGAUGGUGCUUUCCCCCGGGGCUGGGCCGGUGACAGUGGGCUCCCGGCACUUGUGUGUGUGGGGGGGGUCCCUGCCUUUCACAGGGGAGGGAGGCUCAAGGCAAGGGCUGUGCCCCGUGUUGCUCCGCUCUGCCUCAAAUAAUUGCCCACCCCAGUCUAGAUCAGCGGUUCUCAACCUUUCUUGUACCAGGACCCAUUUGUAAACAUAGAUGGUCAGUCCCGACCCAGUGUCCCUCACUGCUCCUACCU